UCAGCAGUAGGAAUUUCCAGGAAUUUCUGGUUCUGGGGUUAGUUUUUCAGUAAUUAAACGCAAAUAAAAGUGUAUCAAAACAGUUGGAAUUUAAUUGUUUCAGGUGAUACCAUAAUUGGAAAUCAUUUUCAAUAUGGUUAGUUAUCAUUAACGAAGUAUCCUCUACUUUGUUUUAGAUUGUUUGCUUUAGAUCCUUGUAAAAAUUGCAUAAAAUGUCUUGGCUUUUUGGAAAGAAGAAGCAUCAAAAGGAUUCACCUCCUGAUACACCGGAGGAGGCAACACCUGUCGAGCAAGGAGAUGAUUUUAUUUUCAUCGAGAGACGUAAUCCGGGUGGAAGUAUUGGCGAAAAUGAUGCAAGAGGAAAUAAUUUAUAUCCAUCGAUAAGUGGAAUGCCAUAUUAUCCGCCAUUACAACAAAACAAAAUUCAACAAAAUCCUCAAAUUGACAGUCAGCCCAAUUACAUAAAUGGAAUACCAUUUAAAUAUAGUAAAGAUUUCGAGAGAUCAAUUUUAAAUGACAUGGAUAUUGAUAGACUUCGAGUAAAUGAGAUUUUAAAUUACAUUGAAAGAAUACAAAAUGAUGAUGCAGAUUACACUUUUCAAGUUGAAAAGAGCGUUAUCGCAGAAAUGGAUUGUGCGAAUAACUGAUACAAGUCGAAUGAUUUCAAUGAAACUGAAGACGAAAAUCGAAUUAUAUGCACAUUGUUUACAAUAACUAUUGUCCUAGUAGUAACAUUAAUUGUAGUAUUGGUAAUUAUAAACGAAAACAAUUUUUUUUAACUUUAACAACAAAUUUUUGUUGCUCAAAUUUUAUAAUUUAGUCUUUUUUUUGUAUUUCUAACGAUGUGAACUUUUGACUGGUCUUUUUUUUAAGUUUAACACGAAAAAUUACUUAUUUAAAAAUAAGGUACGAUCGUCACCAAAAUAUAAUUAUAUAAUUAAUAACUAUUUGAAUUAAAUACUUAUUAAUUACAAUUUUGAAAAAUAGAUUUUGGUGAUGAGUUUUCUUUAUAUCGAAAUAAUUUUUAAGUUACAUAGUCAAUUUUAAUUUUAAAUUCUGUUGCCUGUACAUAAAGAAAUAUUUUAUAUUUGAGGUCUUAAUGAACAAAUAUAUGCACUAGCUAUUAAACAGAAUAUACUUUUGUAAAACGCGGAAUGUUAAGUUGCCUUAGGAGAGGACUUUAAUGAAUGUAUUUUUUAGGAUUUGCCAUAUUUUAUUAUAGUAUAAAUGCUUGUA